AUGGCUGAACAGAGCCAAAGCAAUUCAACCAACAGUGAAUAUGAAGAGGUGUUAGAUAAUUUUGAAGAUAUUGAGAUUGAAACACCUCAACCAAAUGAUGUAAUAAAAAAAAAACAAGUGAUCAUUUCACGAGAACCUAUGAAUCAAGUUAUAGUUUUUGAGAUUGAAAAUUGGUGUAAGUUGGGGUAUUCUAAAAUCAUUUUAUUUGAAACAUCAAAACAAUUAUUCUAUGAAAUAAAACAAGUUCAUUUGGAAUAUGGUUGUUGGUAUAUUAAACCAACACUUCUCGCUGAUAGUUCUUUUAAAAUUAGUUCUAUACUCGACCCUUUUUAUAUAGUCCUUCAUUUCCUUUGUUUACAUAAUGUUAAUGAAACUACGAAAUUUUCAUCAUUUGAAGAGAUGUAUUCAUUAUUACCUUCUAAUGGAAUUACUGAAUUACUUAAAGACAUAUUACUUCAAUUUGUUAAAGAAGAAAGUAAUCAAUAUAAAAUUAACUUUCCUCUCAUUAAAGAAACUCUCAUAGAAAAAAAGAAUAUAAUUGAUAAUUACCUUAAAAGUAUUAACAAAAAUGAAUCACACCAAACAAAAGGAAUGGAUAAAUUUUUAACUAAAAAGAUUGACAAUGACAGUCUUUUUUUAUAUCUGGGAGAGUAUUGGUAUAAUUUAAUGAACUGGAAAAUUCCAGAAGAGCAUAUUGUUUAUUACGCUGAUAAUUACACAAAAUAUGAAAAGAAAAAGAAAGUAACUAAAAAAAAAACAUCAAAGAAAAAGAAAUAA